AUGCUCCUAGGGAAGGUAAGCAGAGAGCUCAAUUAGUAGUUUGAAUGAAAAUGUAAAAUACAGUAAAAAUAAGAUCUUUCUGGAAGUGCCAGAGACUCUCAUCUUUCAUUAUUUUCUCUGCUUAUAAAAGUAACAGCGACGCAGGGAUCAAACACAUUGCAAACUCAAUGACACCAGUACUUUGCACAUAUGCAUCACUUAACCACUACUGUAUCCAUUCUGCUAUAAAAAUGCUGAUGUUCUGUCUUCUAGAGACCCUUCACUGGAAAAGACCAGGAAUGUCUAUUUGAUUCAAUUAUGGAACAGGAACCAGUGUACCCACCAACCCUGCACACAGAUGCAAGAAGCCUAAUAUCAGAGCUCUUAGAAAAGAAUGUAGAAGAUCGGCUGGGCUCUGCUGUGGAUGGGGCUUUUGAUGUCGCGGCACAUCCUUUCUUCAAAGAUUUCGACUGGAAUGCUAUGUUGGAGCAGAAAGCACAGCCCCCUUUUGUUCCACAACUAAAAGGUCCGGAGGACCUGAAAUAUUUUGAUGAGAGAUUUACAAAGCUGGCUCCCAAUAUAACUCCACCCAAAGGCAUCUGUGCUGAAAUGGCAGAAGAAAUCUCAGACGCUUUCUAUGACUUUGCUUAUGCAGCAUGUUAGCUGCAAAUAGAAGA